CCAGAUCGCCGGAUAUCCGCCGAGUGACCCUUACAAGUCCUUCUUGAUUCUGAAGUGAAAUAGGUGCCGCUGUUGCUGUUUGUGUUGAAUCCAGAUCCGUAGCUGGACAUGGGGCUGGAGGACGAGCGAAAGAUGCUGACCGGGUCCGGAGAUCCCAAGGAGGAGGAAGAGGAAGAGGAGUUAGUGGAUCCCCUAACAACAGUGAGAGAGCAGUGCGAGCAGUUGGAGAAAUGUGUAAAGGCUCGGGAGCGGCUACAGCUCUGUGAUGAGCGUGUGUCCUCCAGGUCAAACACAGAGGAGGAUUGCACAGAGGAGCUCUUUGACUUCUUGCAUGCAAGGGACCACUGUGUGGCCCACAAACUCUUUAACAGCUUGAAAUAAAUGUGCAGACUUAUUCAUCCUUGGACAUCAUCUGGGCAAGAGGAUAUUUACUCAUGGUUUUGAACAUGCCAUUUGUUUCUUAUUUGUGUAACUAAGCUCAUGUGAACAUCUCAUGGAUUUUGGUUUGGCAGGUAGCUUCUCUGUAAUUAGCAGUGAUUCUGUCUUAAUAAAAUCCAGUGAUCUGCAGACCUUUA